AUGUCACAACACAAAACUAAGAGGAGUUCUGCCAAGGCAGAAAAACUAAAGGCCGCGCAGGCCUCAACUACCAAUGGCGGAGAUGAAUCGGAAGACAGCAAUUUCAUGCCCGAUCUGGAAACCAGAGCUAAACUGGACCAAAUCACUAAAAUGGAUCUAAUAGAAGCUCUUGAUGCACUAUCAAAUAAAUUGAUCUCCACAUGGCGACAUACAGUAGAUUCGCUGCGUAAUGAUAUACAAGAGUUGGGGAAAAGAACGUCUCACAUGGAGGCUAAGUGUGAUGAAUUUGCUACAGCUGAUAAUAAUCUCGCAACUAAUGUGGAACAAAUGGCAGCAAAAUUAGAGUACAUGGAAUCCAAAAUGGGGGAUUUUGAGGACAGGGCAAGAAGUAAUAAUAUUAGGAUGCGGGGAGUCGCAGAGAUCGUUACCACGGCAGACCUACCAGCAUAG